AUGGUCUUCAAGAAACAAGAGGCCAUUAGCUUCAUUGUGACAACGCUGAGUUGGCUCAGUGCCAUCGUGAGCUGUGUGCUGCCUGUUUGGAGGGUGACACGAACCGAUGAUGAGACAAACCCAGAUGCCGGCAUUUGGGAGGGUCUGUGGCACAUGUGCCAGGUUCAGGGAAACAAUUGGAUACAAUGUACAGGGUAUGAUACCCGGAGACCAGUAGCACAGGACAUAAAGGUGUCUCGAGUCUUAAUGGUCCUCUGCGCCAUUGGAACCUGGCUGGGAUUGCUGCUGUGCAUGGUUGGAGAUGGUCGCAUCAAUAUUUUGAAAAAUUUAAGUCAUGCAGCCAUAGUCUUGAAUGUAGCUGGUGGCAUGUUCCUUAGUGCUGGCCUUCUGAUGCUGAUACCCCUGUCCUGGGUAACACACAACAUCAUGCAUGGCUUCUUCAACCCAUUGUUGGGUGACUCGAAGAAGGCAGAGAUGGGAGUUUCACUCUACCUGGCCUGGACCAGCUUCGUGCUGCUAUUGGUCGGAGGCUUCCUACUCUGUGUCGACAUCAAAUUAUUCAGUGACCCCCCCGAAGACAAAUCUUUGGGACCAAACAGCACUACCUCAGAUGUCUGA